AUGAUUCAGGAUGUCCCGGCCUUGAUUCGAUACCCGUCUCGAUCGUCCAUUCACCAGGUGCCCGUCUAUCGCUCCACAUAUCACCUUGCGACUUUGCUCUCUAUCCCUCUUGCGAUAUCCCUCCUGAUUUUCUGGUUUGUGACUCAUGGGUCCGCGCAACGAGUUGUCGAGUGGGAAAUAAUUCCGCAAUCGUACCUCUUCCUGUUCUUCGUCCUCCUUAUCUUCCCGCUUCACAAGCUAUCCCGCAAUGGACGACACAGGUUCGCUGUUGCACUGAAACGGGUUAGCGUUGGCGGCCUUGCAGAAACCCAAGAUGGGAAAUUCGGUGACAUAAUACUUGCGGAUGUUCUGACUAGUUAUUCCAAAAUACUUGGAGACCUUUUCGUUAGCACCUGCAUGUUCUUCUCAUCGGAAGCAUCCAGCACCAGUAUUCCGAAUAGGGAAUGCGGUGGCCAAAUUGCCGUUCCUCUACUUAUUUGUAUACCCAGCGCAAUUCGGCUCAGGCAGUGCCUCAUUGAAUUUGGCCGGGUGCGGAAGGGAAACCGAAACAUCGAUGGCUGGGGCGGACAACAUCUUGCGAACGCGCUCAAAUAUGCGAGCGCUUUCCCUGUAAUUUUAUUAACUACCUUGCAGCGCAAUCAUGACCCGAAUUCUUACACCAUUUCCGCAGAAAACCUGUAUCGAUUAUGGGUUCUUUCUGCACUCAUUAACUCACUAUUCGCAUUCUACUGGGAUGUCGCCAAAGAUUGGGAUCUCACCUUAUUUUCCGCGCUGAAUCACCCCAACGACCCGGAGUACCCCUUCGGCCUGCGACGACAUCGGUAUUUCUACGCCAACGAAAUGUAUUAUUCAGCUAUUAUCAUUGACCUAAUUUUACGAUUCACAUGGAUUUCUCGGCUUUCUACGCGUUUGGACUGGGUGAAUGAUUUAGAAGGCGGCGUUUUUGUGCUCAUGCUUCUUGAAGUUGUUAGGCGGUGGAUCUGGAUAUUUUUUCGAGUUGAAACGGAGUGGGUCCGGAAUAACCGUGGCCCUGCACCGGAUGAUAUACUCCUAGGCGAAUUUAACGGCAAGAUAGACGAGGAUUAG